AUGGGAUAAUGUAAUAACUGUUAAUCAUGUUAAAAACCUGACGGAAGAGAGCUAACAGUUGAGCAAUAAGCCUAUAGAACUAGCUAAUAAUAAAGCCAAACCAGCAAAUAAAGAGUUUCUAAUAUAAGUGGCGAUCAUGGAGGUAAAACUAAGAAGGUUAAAGCGGCCAUUUUAAUUCAAGCCUAUUGGAGAGGUUAUGUUGUUAGAAAAAAAAUAUAAAAAAAGUCAAUUGGAACAAAUGAGAUGGCAAGUGCUCCUCCAACAGCAAAUAAGUAUUUUAGCAGCGAUAAAGAUUAUGCUCAAUAACAUAGCAAUUCAAAAACAAGAGAACAAAGGCCUCCUUUUAAGUACAAGAGUGGAGCAAUAUAUGAAGGAGAAUGGAUUGGAAAUUCUAGGGAUGGACAAGGUACAUAAUUAUGGAAUGAUGGGGCCAAAUUUGUUGGAUAGUGGAAAAAUAAUAUGGCUCAUGGCAAAGGAAAAUUUUUUCAUGUGGAUGGAGAUGUUUUCGAAGGAACCUGGGUUGAAGAUAAGGCUUGCGGUUUUGGCAUAUACACACAUGCUAAUGGAGCGAAGUAUGAAGGGGAAUGGCUAAAUGACUUGCAACAUGGAUUUGGAGUAGAAACUUGGGCGGAUGGUUCUAAAUACGAAGGGUAGUACUGUCAAGGAAAGAAGCAUGGCAAAGGGAAGUAUAUUUGGAAUGAUGGCAGUUACUAUGAUGGAGAUUGGGAUAACAAUUAGAUCAGUGGAAAGGGAAUAUAUUAAUGGAGUGAUGGACGAAGAUAUGAAGGAGAGUGGCUAAAUAAUAAUAUGCAUGGAUAAGGACAUUACACUUGGCAAGAUGGGAGAUCUUAUAAAGGAGGGUACAUCAACGAUAAGAAACAUGGUUAUGGAGUUUAUACUUGGGCUGAUGGCAGAAAAUAUGAAGGAGACUGGGUAAGUGGAAAACAGCAUGGUAGAGGGCAAUAUAUCUUAUUAGAUGGAUCAAUAAAAAAAGGAGAAUGGAUAGAGGGGAAGAAGAUUAAGAACAUCUAAAAUUGACUAUUUAUUAAUUUUAAAUGUGUAUAAUUAUUCUCACUUGAAAAUCAAA